AUGGCUAGGCACAGAAACAUCAAGAACAGCUUCAUCACUGUAAUCCCAUCUCCACUCUUCACCCUAUUUCGUGUCUCUCCACUUACUUCACUUCUCAACAAAACCCCAAGAAGCCACAGGUCGUGUUCUUCAUUCCCACCAAGAAGCUCUUUUUUCAUGAUCUUCCUUCUCAUUCUCGUCUCUUUCUUGGGACUUUCUCUGCUCAGGUUGGUGUUCGUUUCUCAGAACCUAGUGCCAUGUCCAUGUCCAUUAACCUCUUUCCCCACUCUGUUGCCUCCUCCAAACUCUCAUCUAUCUUUGGCCUCACUUUCUACUAAGAAUCAAGAGCCAGUAGUGCUGUCAAGGAGUGCAACAGUGCCCUUACCAGCUCAUGCGGUUUCCAGGAACAUGACAAAGGAGGAGGCAGAGUUCUGGGCACAGCCUGAUGGAGAAGGGUACAGGCCUUGUUUGGAUUUCAGUAUACUGUACCGGAAAGCAUCUGCUAAGAUAUCAAAGGAGAAGCACAGGUUCUUGGUGGUGGUAGUCUCAGGAGGAUUGAAUCAACAGAAGAAUCAGAUUGUUGAUGCAGUCGUUAUUGCGAGAAUUCUUGAAGCAGCCCUGGUUGUGCCGGUUCUUGAGAUUAAUCAGAUUUGGAAAGAUGAAAGUGAAUUUUCUGAUAUUUUCGAUGUGGAUCAUUUCAAGAGGACCUUACAAGCUGAUGUUCGAGUUGUAUCAUCUCUUCCCUCCACGCAUUUGAGUUCAAAACCAACAAUUAACACACGAAUGCCCCUCAAUGUUUCGCCCCUUUGGAUCCGUACUAAAUUCCUCACAGAACUGAACAAAGAAGGUGUUCUCAUACUAAAAGGGAUAGAUUCUAAGCUCUCCAAGAAUCUUCCACUUGAUCUUCAGAAGCUUCGGUGUAAGGUAGCUUUCCAUGCACUAAGAUUUGCAGCUCCAAUUCAGGAGCUUGGCGAUAGGUUUGCAAGAAGAAUGUGGAUUGAGGGGCCAUAUAUCGCUCUCCAUCUCCGUCUCGAGAAGGAUGUGUGGGUGAGAACUGGAUGUCUUACUGGUUUAGGCCCCGAGUAUGAUGAUAUUAUUAGGAAGAUUCGUGAGUCUCGACCUAGACUCCUCACUGGAAGGUUGAACAUGACCUACACUCAGCGAAGACUUGCUGGACUUUGUCCUCUAAAUGCCUUAGAAGUAGCAAGGUUUAGUGACUCUGCAUCUUGGGAAAUAUCUUUGUUGGAAUGCGAUCUGGGACACUAUCUGAUCUCAUUCUACUGCAGGCUGCUUAAGGCUCUAGGGGCUCCGAGGACUGCACGAGUGUACAGGGCAGGAGGAGAGCCAUUUGGGGGAGCCAAGGCGCUGCAGGCCCUUAUGGGGGAGUUUCCAAAUGUGGUAACAAAGGAAAUGCUGGCACGAGAAGGCGAGCUCUCACCAUACGUCAACAGACCAUCUGCUAUGGCUGCUCUGGACUACAUUGUAUCGCUGAGCAGUGACGUGUUCCUACCUUCCCAUGGAGGCAACAUGGGGCGAGCCAUGCAGGGUCAUCGCGCAUACGUUGGGCAUAGGAAAUUUGUAAAGCCAGACAAGCGAGAAAUGAUUGCUUUCUUCGAAGACGCCUCCAUUUCUGAGGCAGAGUUCAGAAGCAUCAUGAGGAAGCUGCACAGCAGAUAUCAGGGCCAGCCUGAGAAAAGGACAAACAAGAGAAGUACCCGGGAUGUGAUUGCUUACCCAGUGCCUGAAUGCAUGUGCAGACACAGCAACAGGCCUCUCCUAAGAAGCUAACAAUCUGCAAACACUUUAGAGCAUACCCACAUUUUUCCUCUUUUACCUCUCAAAAUCAUGUACAUAUGCUACUUUGUUCAUACUCCAUAUGUGAAUAUAAGGGGAAAAGCCCCAAGCCAAAGUCACACCUA